AUGUAUUUCUCAGUUUUGCGAGCGGCAAAGCAGAUUUCGAUCAACAGAAUGCUUCAAGUUAUCCCUGUGCCCGCACUUGAGGACAAUUACAUGUAUCUAGUAUUUGAUUCAGAAAAGAAACACGCGGCUGCCGUGGAUCCAGUCGAACCUGAAAAAAUACAGAAGAUAGCUAAUGAAUUGUCGCUAUCAAUUUGUGCAGCGCUUGUCACGCAUCAUCAUUGGGAUCACGCUGGUGGAAUGAAGCAGUUUAGAGAAUUGUACCCAGACCCGUCGAUCAAAAUCUAUGGCGGAGAUGCUCGAAUCGAUUGUUUAGAUGUUCAUUUAAAGCAUGAAGAUCAUUUCGAGUUUGGAGGAUUGAAGACAAGAGCUCUCUCGACUCCUUGUCACACAAAAGGACACAUCUGUUAUUAUGUUGAACGAGGGAAUGAACGAGUUGUGCUUACCGGAGACACGUUGUUCAUUGCUGGCUGUGGGAAAUUCUUUGAGGGUACUGCUGAACAAAUGCAACGAAAUCUGAACGAAGUCCUGGCUUCACUACCCGAUGAUACUCGUGUUUAUCCAGGACAUGAAUACACCUCAAGCAAUCUCAAAUUUGCUAAACACAUUGAGCCAAACAAUCAGGAUGUGAUUGCAAAGCUGAAGUUCUCUCUCGAUUGUGACGCCAAAAAGCAGCCGACAGUCCCGUCGACAAUCGGUGAAGAGAAGAAGAUCAAUCCGUUCAUGAGAGUUAAUAGUAAUGAGAUACAAAAACAGGUCUCAGCAAUCAGUCCAGUCGAUGUAAUGGCCAAGCUUCGAGAGGCGAAGAAUCAGUUCCGUCCGGCAAAUUUUGCCUGUAAA